UAUAUAUAUAUAUAUAUAUAUAUAAGCAUUUUUUUUUAUUGAUCAUAAGUUGAUCUUUUAUGUUUCCUUCAUUUAACGAAGGGAAGAUCCAUCCUUACAUUAAUCAUAUUUGUUUGUCUAAAUGUGAGAGGAUUAGCGUCCAAUCAAUAAUCCUUCCGCCAUUGUAUCACACUGCCACUAAAGACAAAGACGGUAUACUCUAUCAUCCCUCAUGAUCACCUAUUCCUCAUUACAACGGCUCUGAUCCCCUUCCGGGGGGGACAAUUUGUAGAAAUACCCCACAACGGGUAAUUCCGUCGGGGUAUACACCCGUACAGGGAUAGAUACUAACCCUUACGUGAGGUCCCUUACUCCUGCAUACAUGGGGAUCGAGAUAAUAAAUAUCUCAUGCCAAUAUUUGCGAUCAGCUCAUGCCUCAUCGAGCCAGUCGAUGACGUCAUUUAUUCAGUGCAGUGCGGUACAUAUGAGUGCUACAAGAUGAACAGGUUGUGUUUGUCACUAGACAGAGGGAUCCCCUUGUGCGCAUAUAUAUCCCUUUCACGCCGCGCAUGUCUGAAGCGCAGCUCAGGUAGAAUACUGUGUUGUGUUUCCCGAUAUGUCCUCUGUUUUGCGGUGUAAUACCGUGUGUUCAACCAGGUUAUGAUCCAGUACUUAGACAAUCUUUGUGAUGAAUUCAAACACAUACAAGUAGCUAUAACCGGGACUUCUGCAUCAGAGACCCUUGAGGCUUGUUAGAACUGACUACGAGCAAUAAAACAUCCAGUAUGUGGUUUAUCCUCGGUAAGAAAGCUGAAAAGCAACCAGCACAGCAUGACACUGCUCUAGUAACUCUAGAUACUGAGCUUGGUUAUGACGAGGUAUGUAUUCCCUGCACAAUAGAAGAAAACGUGGACCUAAUGGAAGGUAAGCUGACCAAGGGAUAAGAUCUUCC